GCUGGUUGCACGUGCGCACACAGCUGCCCGCUGGAAGGUCCGAGCCUGGCUGUGUUUAUCUCGUUGGGGACCGAGUCGUCGGUUGGCGCGCAACGGGUUCUAGGCUGCAGGCAGCGCGAGGACCCGCGGCCCCGCCCCGGCCCGGCCUGGCAGGUAGCAGAGGCAGCAGGCCGUGCCGGGGGGGGCAUGUUGCUGUAACCAGUGGCCCAGGGGAUGUUACGGUGGACAGUGCACCUGGAGGGCGGGCCCCGCAGGGUGAACCAUGCUGCAGUGGCUGUCGGGCACCGGGUAUACUCCUUCGGGGGUUACUGCUCCGGUGAAGACUAUGAGACGCUGCGUCAGAUUGAUGUGCACAUUUUCAAUGCAGUGUCCUUGCGUUGGACAAAGCUGCCCCCGGUGAGACCUGCCACCCGCGGGCAGGCUCCCGUGGUACCCUACAUGAGGUAUGGACACUCAACUGUCCUCAUCGAUGACACGGUCUUCCUCUGGGGCGGGCGGAAUGACACCGAAGGGGCCUGCAACGUGCUCUAUGCCUUUGAUGUCAAUACUCACAAGUGGUCCACACCCCGAGUGUCAGGAACAGUUCCUGGGGCCCGGGAUGGACAUUCGGCUUGUGUCCUGGGCAAGACCAUGUACAUUUUCGGGGGCUACGAGCAGCUGGCGGACUGCUUUUCCAAUGACAUUCACAAGCUGGAUACCAGCACCAUGACGUGGACCCUGAUCUGUACAAAGGGCAACCCUGCACGCUGGAGGGACUUCCACUCGGCCACAAUGCUGGGCAGUCACAUGUAUGUCUUUGGGGGCCGCGCCGACCGUUUUGGGCCAUUCCAUUCCAACAACGAGAUUUACUGCAACCGCAUCCGCGUCUUUGACACGAGGACUGAGGCCUGGCUGGACUGUCCACCCACCCCAGUGCUUCCUGAGGGGCGCCGGAGCCACUCAGCUUUUGGCUACAAUGGGGAGCUGUACAUUUUUGGUGGCUAUAAUGCAAGGCUGAACCGACACUUCCAUGACCUCUGGAAGUUUAACCCUGUGUCGUUUACCUGGAAAAAGAUUGAACCGAAAGGGAAGGGGCCAUGUCCCCGCCGGCGCCAGUGUUGCUGUAUUGUUGGUGACAAGAUUGUCCUCUUUGGGGGCACCAGUCCGUCUCCUGAGGAAGGCCUGGGAGAUGAAUUUGACCUCAUAGAUCAUUCUGACUUACACAUCUUGGACUUUAGCACAUCUAACAUGUCAUUUGAGGAGCUGUUGGAAUUGCAGAACCAAAUGGGGACUAAGACAUUCAAACAAUUGGUAACUGGAAACAGCACUAAGAAGCAAGGUUCUAGACCACCUGUCCAAAAAGCGUGUGUUGCAGAUAAGCACAGGCCUCUGGAAAUGUCAUCCAAGGUCCGGGUGCCAUUUUUGCGUCAAGUUGUCCCCAUCAGUAAGAAGGUAGCCCGGGACCCCCGCUUUGACGAUCUGUCAGGGGAAUAUAAUCCUGAGGUGUUUGAUAAAACAUAUAAAUUUCUAAAUGACAUCCGAGCCAGAGAGAAAGAGCUUGUGAAAAAGCAGUUGAAGAAGCGCCGUUCAGGGGAGGAGCAUGAGAAACUGCAGCAGCUGCUUCAGCGAAUGGAGCAGCAAGAAAUGGCGCAGCAGGAACGGAAGCAGCAGCAGGAGCUGCGCCUGGCACUGAAGCAGGAACGGCGGGCUCAGGCCCAGCAGGGCCAUCGGCCGUACUUCCUGAAGAAAUCUGAGCAGCGCCAGUUGGUCCUCGCUGAAAAGUUCAAGGAGCUGAAACGCAGCAAGAAGUUAGAGAGCUUUUUGAGUCGAAAGAGGCGCCGAAAUGCAGGCAAGGACAGAAGACAUCUCCCUUUGAGCAAAGAGUAAUAAGGAACUGUCCUCAGCUCUGCCACUACCCCAGUGAGAAAUGCAUCUGUGGGGACACCUUUGGGCUUGCCCUGUUCUGAUUCUUUCCCAUUCAAGGGCGAGAAUCACAUCUGCCUUGGAACUAGAUUGGCUCGGAGAUGACUAGAGGGCUCUCUGACUGCCCCAGGGCUGACAGGAGGAGCAGGUCAGCCCUCUGCCAUGCCACACUUGCCCUGCUUGGAUCUGCUUCAUAAUAUUCUAGUGUCCUUCUCCCAUCCGUGCCUUAAAAUAAUGAUUCUGGUGUAGAAAGAGAAGGACCAGUGAGUGAUCUUGAGGCCAGUUGAAGGCCAUAGAGUCUGUCAGUGACUCCCAGGGCUGGGACUCUGUAGGAGCCAGUUCAUAAACACUCUUAUUACUCAUCUUUUUAUUUUGUUUCUUUUGUGAGUGGCGUAGAACUAUUGUUUCAGGGACAUAUGAGGUAGGCAAUAAACCUAAGGUUCCCACAGAGUGGGAAGUCAGAUCAGAGACCCAUCCUACUUAAAUCCAACAGCUGAAACAGUCAUUCAGAGAGGGAACCAAUCCCACAACUCACCUCCUUAGCUUUGAUUUUGGAUUCAAGGGGUGGUAGGAUGUGGGACAAAGAGCUUCCCCAAUAACUUGUAAACACAGCUGGCUCCCAGUA